GCCCCGAUAAACGUGGGCACAUCAUUGAACAUAACAUAAGAGUUGUAUAAUUUUAUGAUCUCUCUAAAGCCACCUGAAGCAAUUUGCUUACUGAUCUCUUUUAGCCUUCUAAAUUCCAAUAGGGGUUCUGGGAACCCUCCUUAUGGAUUAGAAGGUUCAUCGGUUAUGAAAAUCCAAAAAACCCUGUGAGUAAACGCCCCAAUGACCCACCGAAGAAUAUGUUGAGCCAUCUCUCUCGGACUUUCUUCCGUCACAAUUGUCGUUCCCGGCAACAACAAUGUCGCCGUUACAAGCCUCCGAAGUCACCACCGCCUCCUCCACCACCACCAAUGUUACCAAAACCGCCGAAGAAGCCUCAGAGUUUCACCUUCCACGACGCGACGUGGGAGGAUCCUUACAGUUGGAUGUCUAAGCUGGAAGAUAAAGUGGCGAUGCGGCAUAUGGAUAUCUAUAUGGAGCAAGAAGAGAAGUAUACUGAAGCAGUUUUGGCUGAUACUGAUAGGAUUCAGACCAAGCUUCAGUCUGAAAUGGCUUCUCGUUUGUCCUUUGACCUCUCCACGCCUCCUCUUCGUUGGGGACCUUGGUUGUAUUAUAGACGUGUUGAAGAAGGGAAGCAGUAUCCAGUACUGUGUAGGAGGCUAGCGAGCUUGCACGAGGAGUUCAUUUCUCAUAAGUCCCCUGCUGCAGGGUUUGAUUUUACAUCUGGCAAGAGGAUUGAGCAGAAGCUGCUUGAUUACAAUCUGGAAGCUGAAAGAUUUGGAGGUUAUGCUUAUGAAGAGAUGUCAGAGAUAUCCCCUGACCACAAAUUUCUUGCAUACACUAUGUAUGAUAAGGACAACGACUACUUCAAGUUGUGUGUGAGAAACUUAAAUUCUGGAGCUUUAUGUAGUAAGCCUCACGCAGAUCGUGUCUCCAACAUAGCGUGGGCAAAGAACGGACAGGCUUUGCUCUAUGUCGUGACUGAUCAGAAAAAACGGCCACUCAGGCUAUAUUGUAGUACGAUCGGAUCAACGGAUGAAGAUGUUUUGCUUCAUGAAGAACUUGAGGGAAAUGUUCAUGUUAACAUUAGCAAUACAAAAGAUUUCCAAUUUGUGACUGUAAAUACAUUCUCUCCUACAUUUUCAAAGGUCUUUCUGAUCAAUGCAGCUGACCGAUUUUCUGGUUUGGCAUUGGUUUGGGAACACAAUGCUCCAGCACACUGCAUAAUCGAGCAUCACCAGGGAUUCCUCUAUUUAUUUACAGAUGCUUCCAAGGAUGGUGGGACACUCGACCAUCAUUAUCUUCUUCGAAGCCCUGUUCACUUUUCUUCCAGUCAAAGGCUCUGGGAGAAAGUUUUUGUUGACAACCCUGAACAGAUCAUAGAGGAUGUUGAUUUCUGCAAAACACAUCUAUCCCUCAUUGUGAAGGAAAUGCAGAGCUUAAAAAUUUGUGUGGUUGAUCUACCCCUCAAGACAGAGCGGGUACCAGUUCAUCUGAGAGAUAUUAAACCUCGUUAUCUUCCUCUACCUAAGCAUGUUUCUCAAAUAUUUCCUGGCACAAACUACGACUUCAAUUCUCCAACAAUGCGGUUCACCAUAUCUUCUCUUGUGAUGCCUGAUGCAGUGGUUGAUUACGAUCUAUUAAAUGGGAAAUGGAAUAUUGUACAGCAGCAAAAUAUGCUUCACGAAAGAACACGGGUUUUAUAUGGCACUGCAAACUCCACCGAGAGCCCUAAUAUACCUUCAGGCACCAGAAUUGUCAGUUUUGAUAAUGAGGAUACUACUGCUGAGAAUGACAACUUGUGGAAUGACUUAACCGAGUUUUACACAUGUGAUUACCAUGAAGUCUCUUCUCAUGAUGGAGCCAUGGUUCCAUUAACCAUUGUUUACUCAAGAGCUCAGAAAGAGGAGAACCGAAAACCUGGUUUGCUUCAUGUACAUGGUGCUUAUGGUGAAAUGCUUGAUAAGAGAUGGCGUAGUGAACUUAAAAGCCUCCUUGAUCGUGGCUGGGUACUUGCAUAUGCAGACGUUAGAGGUGGAGGAGGGAAAGGAAAGAAGUGGCAUCAAGACGGAAGAGGCGUGAAGAAACUUAACUCCAUAAAAGAUUACAUUCAAUGUGCCAAGUUUCUUGUUGAGAACAAUAUAGUAGAUGAUAACAAGCUUGCUGGUUGGGGAUACAGUGCGGGAGGACUCGUUGUUGCUUCAGCUAUCAAUCAAUGCCCUGAUCUCUUCCAAGCUGCGGUUCUAAAGGUACUCAGCAAACUGCGGGUUCAUAAAAAAACACGGGUUUUAUAUGGCACUGCAAACUCCACCGAGAGCCCUAAUAUACCUUCAGGCACCAGAAUUGUCAGUUUUGAUAAUGAGGAUACUACUGCUGAGAAUGACAACUUGUGGAAUGACUUAACCGAGUUUUACACAUGUGAUUACCAUGAAGUCUCUUCUCAUGAUGGAGCCAUGGUUCCAUUAACCAUUGUUUACUCAAGAGCUCAGAAAGAGGAGAACCGAAAACCUGGUUUGCUUCAUGUACAUGGUGCUUAUGGUGAAAUGCUUGAUAAGAGAUGGCGUAGUGAACUUAAAAGCCUCCUUGAUCGUGGCUGGGUACUUGCAUAUGCAGACGUUAGAGGUGGAGGAGGGAAAGGAAAGAAGUGGCAUCAAGACGGAAGAGGCGUGAAGAAACUUAACUCCAUAAAAGAUUACAUUCAAUGUGCCAAGUUUCUUGUUGAGAACAAUAUAGUAGAUGAUAACAAGCUUGCUGGUUGGGGAUACAGUGCGGGAGGACUCGUUGUUGCUUCAGCUAUCAAUCAAUGCCCUGAUCUCUUCCAAGCUGCGGUUCUAAAGUCAUACUCUAAUCUAUCCAAUACUACCCUGAUACGUGAAUAUUCACCUUAUGACAACAUUCCUAAGGAUGUUCUCUAUCCUGCAGUUUUAGUCACUUCCUCAUUCAAUACUCGAUUUGGUGUAUGGGAAGCUGUGAAAUGGGUUGCAAGAGUUCGUGACACUACCUUCCAUGACCCGAAACGCCCAGUCUUACUUAACUUGACGACUGACAUUGUCGAAGAAAACCGGUUCUUGCAGACUAAGGAAUCAGCGUUAGAGAUUGCAUUUCUCAUAAAGAUGAUGGAAUCUUGAAGAUAAAUUAUCAAUUUCAGAUAUAGGACAGCUUGUAAAAGCUAGAGAUCAGCUUUAGAUAUUUUCUCUAGUUCUGAAAUUUGGAUAUGAAUCAAUGAAUUGUGUGACGCAAAGAUAGAAGACAGGUGAACAGUACAAUAUGCAGACAUCUGUAAUCGUGUCUAAGAUCAUCUCUGCUCAAAUAACUUCCCAAAAUCAUACAAGAGAAUGUUCUCAGAUAAUAACAGAUAAGUACAGUAAAGGAAGUGUAUGAAAAAAAUUGUAUCCA